AUGAUCGUCUACGCCGUCGUCGCGCGGCGGACGGCCGUGCUCGCCGAGUUCACGAUGACGUCGGGCAACUUCCCGUCGGUGACGCGCGUGCUCCUGUCGAAGAUCACGGACAAGGACUCGAAGAUGUCCUACGUCUACGACCAGCACGUGUUCCACUACGUGACCUGCGAGGGGAUCACCUACCUCUGCAUGGCGGACCAGGGCAGCAAGCGGCGCGUCGCCUUCGCGUUCCUCGAGGACGCGCGGCGGCGCUUCGGCGCCGCGUACGGCCGCGCGGCGCGCGACGCGCCGGCGUUCACGAUGAACGCGGACUUCGGGCCCGUGCUCCAGCGCCAGAUGCACUUCUACAACAGCGACCCGUCGAGCGACGAGCUGGCCAAGGUCAAGACGCAGCUCGACGACGUCCGCCACGUCAUGGUCGAGAACGUCGAGAAGGUGCUGGAGCGCGGCGAGAAGAUCGAGCUCCUCGUGGACAAGACGGACCGCCUCACGCAGCAGGCCUUCAAGUUCGAGAACACGUCCAAGCAGCUCCGCUCCGCGCUCUUCUGGCGCAAGGUCCGCAUGUACGCGCUCUUCGCCGCCGCGCUCGCGUCCGCCGCGCUCGUCAUCUCCGCCAUCGCCUGCGGCGGCCCGCACUACCCCAAGUGCCGAAUACCGAGCGAGAAGUAA